GCGAGGGUGAGUCUACGGGGUGGAAAGUGUAUACGCAAGUACGCCGCGAGCACAGUCGCGGGGGCAUGAUUUUAAUAUGCCCAUUGACAAGAUUGUCCAUCGGAUCCGAUCGUCCUCGCCGUGACUCGUUCUCCUACGGAGGGACAGCUAAGGAGCAGCGCUCGUCGCAGCCGUCGCAUCGCGUUCCCAGCUAAGCGAGAAUGUACAUAAUGUAACCGCCGCACGGAUGACAGGGGUUCGCAAUUAAGAUGGACGUUCACGGUGCCGGGGUAGUCGCGAUUCUGGGCACGGUUGGAGCCGCUACCGGGGCAAUCUCAGCGGUGAUCGUCUACACCAUUUGCGCGCGUCGCCGACGAUUGCUUACUUCGGUCGGAGGGCCGCUCAACUGGUUUGAGAAGGAUUUAUUGGACAGAGCCGAAGAAGCAGCCAAGUCAUCGAAAGAUGUUUUAGUCGGCGUCGCGCUUUCUCGGGAUAAUAAAAUUAUCAGACGUAGCGACAGUCAUUCGAGUGAUGACGAGUGGCAGUCUGAUCAUGUAUUCGAUAGCAUUGCCAGUGACUCACCUAGAAGAGUUAUACAGCAUCUCUCCGAAUCAGAUGACAUCUCUCCAUCCCCAAUGAGUCCUCUUGCGCCGCCGAUUCCGGAAGGCACAGUGAUCGCAUCGGAGAAGCGCAUGAUAAUCGUCAGACCACCGCCGCGAAGCAUAGACGGAUCUUACUCCAGAUUGAAUAGCCUCGAGAUCGAGUCAUCUCCACGGCACAAGCUCUCGUCUUCCUCUUCGACUUCUUCGUCUGACGAAAUCAGAGGUGAAUUAAAGUUGGGUUUGAUGUACGAUGCCAACGCUGGAAUACUUACAGUAAAACUUAUCGAGGCACACGAUCUUCGCGCCCGAGAAUUGAGCGGCAUCGCAGAUCCUUACGCCAAGAUACGUUUGUUACCUGAUCGUAAUAACGUAUGGCAAACUACAAUACACAGACGUACUUUGAAUCCUGUUUUCGACGAAGACUUCGUUUUUGAAGUAACGCCUGCAUCAUCACUGACCGGAAGAACGUUAGAAAUUCUGCUCUACGACUUUGAUGCAUUUACGAGACAUCGUGGUUUAGGCUACGUACAGCUUCCUCUUUCUUCCGUGCCGGAUCUCGAUUCAAACUUGAUCACUAUGGUAAAACCAAUUCUGCGAUAUGGGGCGGAGGGUGGAUUUAAAGCGCCGCCUCUGGGUGAACUGAUGGUCUCUAUCUCCUACCAGUUGUCUAUAGAGAAACUGACAGUUAUUAUUGUCAGGGCGAGAAAUUUACCCAUUCUCGACGAUCCCGCAAACGCUAAUCCGUAUGUGAAGGUAUCACUCAUGCAGGACGGUAAGAGUCUUAAGAAGAAGAAAUCGAGUAUACAACGCGAGGCUACCAGUCCCGUGUGGAACGACAUUCUUACUUUUGAUAUCAGUAGCGACGUAUUACCGAAGUGUGUCUUACAAUUCUCUGUGCUACGAGCGAAUGGCGAUCUCUUGGCCAAGUGCCAAGUGUCCGGCUCGUGUCAAAGAGAAUUGUUUCAGCGUGUAUUAUCCGGGAAAGGUGCUUCGGCACAAUGGCUGCCGUUGUCAGAACCAGAAGCGCAACAUGAUGAUAACGGCGAAUCAAAAAAUUGAAACCAUCGCUGUUAAAAAAAAGGGGGGGGAAAACAUAUACGUAUGCAAGAUGGUCGCUGAAGUAUUGAAAUAUUUUAUCUCUUGAACUAAGUACUUUAGCAAGAAAUGUUUUAGAUUGGUAAAUCGUUUGGUUUUCAACAGAGCAAAGUGACUAUCUUAAUUUGAUCUUGCACCCUCAAAGUCAUAUCAAGAUUGACAAUUUACAACUCUUCGCAACCAUAUACACCAACCGGUUGGGAAUAAAAUAACGACACAUCAUCGACCAAUCGUCUUAUACGAUGCAAAGGCACGAAUAUGUAAUCAAAUGAAAUUAUUAUAUGGCAAAUUGUAAUAAUUAUUCAAGUUAGAUUCUAUAUAGCGGAGUGCACAGAGAAGCUACUUUGUUGAAUAAGACGGUCUACUGAAAAUAAAUCCGCCGAUGAAAGCAGGUUCUUUUAACGACGAAACAAUUGUUAUUAAAUGCUACGUAAGAGAUCGACUGAAUUUACUAGCGCAUAUUAUCGAUCAGCACAUAAAUUACCGAGGAUAAAAUAUAACGCUAGAAUUGUAGCUCACUCCGUUGAACAUACACGGUACAAAAAAAAAAGAACAGAAUUCUAUAUAUAUAUGUAUGUAUAACUAUAGAGAGAACAGAAAUAGGAAAUAUAUUUUCUUCUCGCAACAGAGUUCAUUAAACAUGUUUUACACAUGUUUCACCGAUAUUCUCAUAUAUAUAUAUAUAUUUCAUAUAUAAUAAGAGAAAGUAAAACCCUUAUUGUUUGCGAUCGCUUUUCUAUGGUUGGAAAGAAGUAUACACGUUUCUUAAUGAAAA